AUGCUGUUAUUCUUGCAUCACAGUGGAAUAGACCCAGAUUCAUGUAUAAACGUUUGGGUUGAAGAUUGGUACAUUGUUUCUGGUGAUGAUUGCAUUUCAGUAAAGAGUGGACGGGAUGAGUAUGGGAUUAAAUCUGCAAUGCCAUCCCAACACCUAGUCAUUAGAGGGAUUACUGGUAAAUCCCCUGACAGUGCCAUGAUUGCCUUAGGCAAUGAAAUGUCUGGAGGAAUCUUCGAUGUUAGAGUUGAAGGUCUCACUGCGAUCGACACUGAAUCAGCUAUUAGAAUCAAAACAGCAUUUGGUAGAGGGGGAUAUGUGAAGAACAUAUUUGUCUAA